AGCAGCUCGGGCUGUGGCGCAGUUGAGCGCUUUUUAGGCCGCUCUGUCGCGCAUCCAAGUGCGUCGAACCCUGGAGCAAAGCCCAAAGUGGUCACCCACUGCGCGGCCCGCAAAAUAGAAUACCUCGCACGGUGGUAGCACUGUUUGGAGUUUUUUGUCGUUGGUGCUGUCGGACAAAUUUACCACCCGCGCGCGGCCUACCAGAGCCUAGCAAGCACCGUCAGAGUCGCACGCAGCUAUAAACAGCGCACGGCGCACGUCGUCAACGCGGAACGAUGGCCACGGCCGCCAGCGCCGACCCCGCGCCACCAAGCAGAAGCUACUACGAGGCCUACACGAAAAAGCAGAAGGCCGGCAACCGCUUCCAGGACGCCGUCUUCGUGGAAAGAGGCGCCCUGCGCGUCGCGCGCGACCAGAACAAGCCGCCGCUGCCGCACCUCCCGACCGAACGAAAAGCCAUUGAUAGAGACGAGUACGCGCGCUUCCUCGAGGCGCAGCUCGCGGCCGCCGGCGCCUUACUGGCGCGCUUCGAGCAGCGCGAGGAGCAAGUUCAGCAGUCUAUAGACAAUGCCGCGAGGACAUGCGCCGAGGCGGCGGCCGGCGCGCGCGCCGAGGAGGCCGCGCGCAUGGAGCGGCGCAUCGUUGAUUUGGAGGCGCGCCUGGCGGCCUCGGAGACGAAUUUGCGCAAGGCCGAGGAGCGGAGCGCGAGUGCCGAAAGUAGAGUGGACGACGCGUGCGCUCUAGUCAGGGAGCUCUCGUCGGGGCCGCGCCUGCGCGCCGCCGAGGACCGCGCGUCGGCGGCCUGCGCUAGAGUUGCGGAUGUAGAAAAAGCUUUACACGCGGCAUUACGAUCACUCGGCGAGAAGGGCUUGACGAACCUCCUGGAAGAAGAGGACGAGGAGGAAACGACGCCGCUGUCCGAGCGGCUAGCCGCGGCGGAGGUCGCCGUCGAGGCGGCCCAGGCCACGGCCCUCGGCGCGACGGCAUUAGCUGAACGGUUGGCAAAGCGUCUAGAGGACGCCGAGCGGACCGCCAGAGAAUUGGCGGAAAAUGCGACGUCGCACGAGGACGCCACGGCGGAUGCUGUUAUCGAGGCCGUGGCCAACCUCGAAACCAAAACGAAUGCGAGGUUGGAGGCGCUCGAGGCGUUCCAGAGGAGACCGCCGCCGUCGCCCGUCGCGCGGCCCGACUCUCCUGUCCUACAGUCGACGCCCGCCGCCGCCCGGGCCGGCGAGCUCCUGAAGGAGCAGCUCGGGCUGUCUGAGGAAAACGCGGUCGACGAGGCCCCCUCGAUUCAUUCAUCAAAUGCCUCAGACGGGACGACGAAUGAAGAUGACGACGACGCGAUGGCGCGGGCGGGCCGCGACCUCGAUGAUGCGAGAGCUGUCGCCGAGGCCGUGGCGGACGAGGCCGUGUUGCGGGCCGAGUUCGCGGAGCAGGAAGCGGCGUUGCUGCGGGAGCGCGCGGGCGUUUUGGUGCAGAAAUUGAGGGAUGAACCGCCUCCAACGUAUGACGAGCACACGACGCACCACGGCGGCGAGUUCGUGCUGGCGCCGCCGCAGUCGCCAGCGCGUCUGGACCACGCGUCGCCCGUCCGGAGGUCGGCGCCCUCCUCACCCUCGUCGUCGCGGCGGUCUGUUGAUGAGCCUCCCAAGCCGAAGACGAAGAAGUCGCCCGCGCGGAAGAAGGUCGUCGUCAAGGCCGCGACGCCGCCGCGGAGCAAGGCGCGAUCGUACGCGGAGUCGCCGCCGCCGCAGCUCGACGGCGACGACCCGCCACCUCUACCGCCGCACCUGCGCCAGUACGAAGCGUCGGACAUCCUCCGAGCCGCGGGCGCCGACGUGCCCGAGGCACCUGCGCGCAAGACGGUCAAGAAGAAAAAGAAGGUUGUUAAAAAGAAGGUAGCGAGGCGGCCGCCCCAGAUCGAGACGGGCGCCGAGACGGCGGCCGAGCGCGCGCGCCGGCGCGUCCUGGCUUCUAGAAGGACGGGCGUGACGCACCGCGGGCCCAUCGGCGCGACGUGGCCGGACUCGGUCACGCACCCCCGCGUCGUCGCGCGCGUGCCGUCGGGCGCGGCCUGGGUCCCGGCCAUGAAGGUCGGGACUCCUAGAUUACGGAGCGCGUCGCCGGCGCCGACGUCGGCGCCGAGUUCCGGCGUUUGAUAAAUUUACA